AUGGAACUCAACCGAGAACAUUUUCGCGCCAUAAUUUAUUACAACUUUCAGAGACAAUUAUGGCAACAAGAAUGCCUUGCUGAGUUACUGUCUGUUUUCGGCAACGAAGCGCCACAUCAGUCGAUAAUUUCCCGUUGGUAUGGAGAAUUCAAACGUGGACGGGUGAGUCUUAGCGACGAUCCCAGGGUGGGUGCACCAAAAACGGCAGUCACCCAGGAAAACGUCGAUGCUGUGCGCAAACUCAUCAUUGAAGAUAGACGUGUGACAUAUCGCGAGAUUCAGGCGUCCUUGAAGAUCUCAAAGACCUCAAUUAAAAAAAAAAUACUUGAAGAAUUAGGAGUAAGAAAAUUAGUUUAUCAGCAGAAAGCCGCCAGGGUUAAUUGGUGUCCAAAAACGCUUGAUCGUCUCAAUUCUGGAAACUCAAAAAAUGUGUACAGCAUUGUUAGAGGUGAUGAAUCGUGGAUUUACUGUGAAGAAAAGCCAACAAAAGUCAUCCGUUCUCGAAGUGUUUCGAAAAAGAUGGUCGCGACAUUUGUGUCAAAAACGGGUCAUAUUGCAACAGUUCCUCUUAAUGAGCAAAGAACUGUUACUGCGGAUUGGUAUACCACCAUUUGUUUGCUAAAAGUCAUCACCGAGCUUCGAAAAAUCAACCCCAAAAGAAGAAUCAUCCUCCAACAAGACAAUGCAAGCUCACACACAGCCCAAAAAACAAGGCAUCGCGAUUUAAGUCCUAACGAUUUCUUUACUUUCCCGAAAAUGAAAAACAGACUGCAUGGUCAAAGGUUCCAGUCACCAGAAGAAAUAGUUAACGCAUUCAAAAAUGCCGUUUUGGAUCUGCCAGCAAACGACUGGAAUACGUGCUUCGAAAAUUGGUUCGAGCGCAUGCAGAUAGUCCAACGGCUGAUUCAACAAGCCAAGAUCAAGGCCCACAGUACCUUCUUACAUAGAACAGACAAGCCGAUGUCGAGUCCAGAAACAAGUAUAGCGGUUCGCAACGCCAAAGACCAGCACGAUUGGUGCAGACAACGGUCACUCUGGAAUCAGGAAUGGAACAGCAUUGUCUUUAGUGACGAGUCUCGAUUUUCUUUAGGCAUGCACGAUGGUCGUGCCAGGGUUAGAAGGCGACGUGGUGAAAGGAGGAGUCCACAGUUUUUUGUUGAAAGACAUGUUCAUCACACUGUUGGAGUUAUGGUUUGGGGUGCUAUAGCUUAUGGUUCCAGGUCACCUUUAAUCUUCAUCAGAGGUAACAUGAACGCGCAGCGUUAUAUCCACGAAGUUCUAGAACCCCAUCUUUUACCCUAUCUUGACAUCCUGGCAGAUCCAACUUUCCAACAAGAUAAUGCCCGACCACAUGUUGCAAGAGUCACAAUAGACUUCUUUCAACAUAAUGAUGUCACAUUGUUACCAUGGCCACCAAGAUCUCCCGACUUAUCCCCAAUUGAGCACGUGGGGACUCUAGAAGCACUUCGAGAGGAGUUGGUGGUUGCCUGGAAUGAGAUACCACAGGAGGACAUUGACCACCUGAUCAGAAGCAUGCCUAGGCGCGUUGGAGGAUGCGUAGCACAUCAGGGUGCAUCCAUACAUUAUUAA